GUGGCCGCAGCGUCCCCGCGCGCGGCCGGGCCAGGUAGGAACGCAGAGCCGCAGCCACCUCGGCCAUGCGGCUGCCGGACCGCAGGCCUGGGCUGGGGCCCGCGCCACCCCCCGCGCGCCGCCCCCGCUGAGCCCGCGCCCGAUAGGGCGCCGCAGGCACCAUGGUGCAGAAGUCGCGCAACGGUGGUGUGUACCCCGGCACCAGCGGGGAAAAGAAGCUCAAGGUGGGCUUCGUGGGGCUGGACCCCGGCGCGCCCGACUCCACUCGCGACGGCGCGCUACUCAUCGCGGGCUCCGAGGCCCCCAAGCGCGGCAGCGUUCUGAGCAAGCCGCGGACCGGCGGCGCAGGAGCCGGGAAGCCCCCGAAGCGCAACGCCUUCUACCGCAAGCUGCAGAAUUUCCUCUACAACGUGCUAGAGCGGCCCCGCGGCUGGGCGUUCAUCUACCACGCCUACGUGUUCCUUUUAGUCUUCUCCUGCCUUGUGCUUUCUGUGUUUUCUACCAUCAAGGAGUAUGAGAAGAGCUCCGAGGGGGCCCUCUACAUCUUGGAAAUCGUGACCAUCGUGGUAUUCGGUGUUGAGUACUUUGUGAGGAUCUGGGCUGCAGGCUGCUGCUGCCGGUAUCGAGGCUGGAGGGGCAGGCUCAAGUUUGCCAGGAAGCCGUUCUGUGUGAUUGAUAUCAUGGUGCUGAUCGCCUCCAUCGCUGUACUGGCUGCUGGGUCCCAGGGCAAUGUCUUUGCCACAUCUGCGCUUCGGAGCCUGCGGUUCUUGCAAAUCUUGCGGAUGAUCCGUAUGGACCGGAGGGGUGGCACCUGGAAGCUCCUGGGAUCGGUGGUCUACGCUCAUAGCAAGGAGCUGGUGACUGCCUGGUACAUUGGCUUCCUCUGCCUCAUCCUGGCCUCGUUUCUGGUGUACUUGGCAGAAAAGGGUGAGAAUGACCACUUUGACACCUACGCAGAUGCACUCUGGUGGGGUCUGAUCACCCUGACAACCAUUGGCUAUGGAGACAAGUACCCGCAAACCUGGAACGGGAGACUGUUAGCAGCGACGUUCACCCUCAUUGGUGUCUCGUUCUUCGCUCUUCCUGCUGGCAUUUUGGGAUCCGGCUUUGCCUUGAAAGUCCAAGAGCAGCAUCGGCAAAAACACUUUGAGAAACGGAGGAAUCCUGCAGCAGGUCUGAUCCAGUCUGCCUGGAGAUUCUAUGCUACUAACCUCUCACGCACGGACCUGCACUCCACGUGGCAGUACUACGAGCGGACAGUCACUGUCCCCAUGUACAGGCUCAUCCCGCCUCUGAACCAGCUGGAGCUGCUGAGGAAUCUCAAGAGCAAAUCUGGACUUACCUUCAGGAAGGAGCCACAGCCAGAGCCAUCACCAAGUCAGAAGGUCAGUUUGAAAGAUCGUGUCUUCUCCAGCCCCCGAGGCGUGGCUGCCAAGGGGAAGGGGUCUCCCCAGGCCCAGACGGUCCGGCGGUCCCCCAGUGCAGAUCAGAGUCUCGAUGACAGCCCAAGCAAGGUGCCCAAGAGCUGGAGCUUUGGUGACCGCAACCGUGCACGCCAGGCUUUCCGCAUCAAGGGUGCUGCAUCCCGGCAGAAUUCAGAAGAAGCAAGCCUCCCUGGAGAGGACAUCGUAGAGGACAACAAGAGCUGUAACUGCGAGUUUGUGACUGAAGAUCUUACCCCUGGCCUCAAAGUCAGCAUCAGAGCUGUGUGUGUUAUGCGGUUCUUGGUAUCUAAGCGAAAGUUCAAAGAGAGUCUGCGCCCCUAUGACGUGAUGGAUGUCAUCGAACAAUACUCAGCUGGACACUUGGAUAUGUUGUCCCGCAUCAAAAGCCUGCAGUCCAGGCAAGAGCCCCUGCCUGUCCAGUCUGGGCAUGAACAGGGCCCUCCGGGACAAAACCAGGCAUGGCACAAGGGGCACCAAGGGCUGGGUGACAGAGUGGACCAGAUUGUGGGGCGGGGCCCAACAAUCACGGACAAGGACCGCACCAAAGGCCCAGCCGAGACGGAGUUGCCCGAAGACCCCAGCAUGAUGGGACGGCUUGGGAAGGUGGAGAAACAGGUCUUGUCCAUGGAAAAGAAGCUAGACUUCCUGGUGAGCAUCUAUACACAGAGAAUGGGCAUCCCACCAGCAGAGACAGAGGCCUAUUUUGGGGCCAAGGAGCCUGAGCCAGCACCACCCUACCACAGCCCGGAGGACAGCCGUGAUCAUGCAGACAAGCAUGGCUGUAUCAUUAAGAUCGUCCGCUCCACCAGCUCUACAGGCCAGAGGAACUACGCCGCACCCCCAGCCAUCCCCCCUGCCCAGUGUCCUCCAUCCACCUCAUGGCAGCAGAGCCACCAGCGCCACGGCACCUCCCCUGUGGGAGACCAUGGCUCACUGGUACGCAUCCCACCACCUCCUGCACACGAGCGCUCACUGUCUGCCUACGGUGGGGGCAACAGAGCCAGUACCGAGUUCUUGAGGCUGGAGGGCACCCCAGCCUGCAGGCCCUCUGAGGCUGCCCUGCGGGAUAGCGACACAUCCAUCUCCAUCCCUUCGGUGGACCACGAGGAGCUGGAGCGCUCCUUCAGCGGCUUCAGUAUCUCCCAGUCAAAGGAGAACCUGGAUGCCCUGGGCAGCUGUUAUGCAGCUGUGGCACCAUGCGCCAAGGUCAGGCCUUACAUUGCUGAGGGGGAGUCUGACACAGACUCAGACCUCUGCACACCAUGUGGGCCACCCCCACGCUCUGCCACCGGUGAGGGCCCCUUUGGAGACAUGGCUUGGGCAGGGCCCAGGAAGUGAGUCUGGGCUGGGUUGCUGGCUGCAUGCCACACCCACUCUUGUUCUGGUUUUAGAACUGGAGUUCCAGGGCCUUUCUUAAAGUGACAGACAUAAGAGUAGUGUGGGUUGCGAGGAUGCUCAUGGGAUCUUGCUCUCAGGGUUCACGUGGCAUGGGGAUGAGGCAGGGCUCCUUAGCACAUACAGUAACAUAUUAUAGACGUUCUUUUUCCAACCAGGAGAGGGAGGUUGAGGCCGGGCCCUGGAGGCCCUGGGAGCUAUCUAUGGCAGCAAAGCUAGCUCUGCCUAGUCUUCUUGGGGGGACAUGUUGCCCUGUGAGUGAGAAAGGACAGCAUGAUGGUUAGCGCCUGUGAGUCGGAGUGUGGCUGGGAGCAAGUACAGGAGACAUAGUGGUGAAACAGGCCUGUCUACUGCUGAUGGCCAGUCCUGGGGCCUGUGGAUCUCUCAGUUUAAGCUGGAAGCUCAGGGGUAUAGUAGGUCACUGGAAAUGGCCCACUCUCACACCUGACUGCUUAUCCCUCCAUCCCUGACUGCCCCAGUAAAGCAUUACCAGGCCCACUGUUUGCGUGUGGUGGGUAAUGCGCCCCCAUCCCUGAGUACCUAGCUAGAGAGCUGCCAACAUCUUCCUCCCUCUCCCAGGUUAUGUGGAUCUUUCCACGGGAGCCAUCCUUAGGUCAGAACCCUUUUCCUGAAGCUGAGGAAGGGGUGAGGCCUUAGGGACCAAUCUGGAGGUUAGAAUUGAUCCUUAGACUCUCCUGACUUCACCUCUUAGGGGAAGACUCAACUCACAGCCUUUUCUGAAAGGGUUUCUUCAGCAGGUUCUGGCUGCCUCAUCCCUGGCACUGUAGCCCAGGAGGUAUGAGUUGACGUUUCCUGGCCUCUGCUCUUUGCUGGUGUGGCGCUGGCCUCCAGGCUGUGGCCAGCACUUCAAGAGAACCACCAGAUAAGCAGGCCAGCGUUGUCCCUAGCCAGGAUACCCCCUUGCCUGCUGCCCACUUGGCUCUACAGAUUCAGGCAGGGCUAAAUGACAUGACAUCUUCAAACUGCCAGCUCUUUCCACACAAGAGCAUGGCCUCUGAGCCUGGUCAAGGAUCCUUCCCACAGAAGCUGGCUAUCCAGUCCUUUAUCCACAAAUAGGUCCCUGGUCUGUGGCCCCUGAGUGUUUGAGGAGCUGGGAACACCUUGUCCUCUACACUGGUGAGGAGAAAUCUCUGCCCAUCGUGUGAGUAGGCAUCUUGGACCAUCUAGCAGUCAGCUUUAGAGGGAGGCAAAGUAGAUCAGAGCCUUCCGUUGUGGCCUCAUAAUAUUUGGCCCAGAAGAACCUGGCAUUGAAACGAUAACAUUUUGGGAUGGGGCCCUCAGACUCACUUGCCCUCAACUUUCCUGGUCACAGAGGGCAAGUACUGUAGAGCUUGUGCCUGGGCAGAGCUCUCUUUACUUCUUCCACUCUUUUGAAAAGUGUGUUCUGGCAGGGGUAGAGGCAGCUUGGGGGGGGGGGGCUAUGCUCAGCAGGAGGUACCCCAUCCCCGAGGAGAGCUUCAGUCAUGUCUCUGUCAGGGACCUGGGUACUUGGAGAGAGAGAUAUGUCUGUUGUCUGCUGUAACCUCCAUGUCAGGGCUACUGGGAUCUCACCUCAGGGUGCCUCUGCUAGGAUCCUAGUUGGGAGCCUGUCUAUGUUUGUUCCAAUAUGUGCACACUGGUUCUCUAAGGCUGUGCUACAGUCAAGAAUUUCUUGGUAUGAGAGAGAUGUCUCCUUCUAUACGGGAUGGCAGGUGAUAUAUAUGGGAAGAAUAGUUAUAUCUUCACAAGCCUUCUCUUGGUGAGUUGAGCCUGGGUCUGUGCUCCUCCCUCUCUUUGUCAGGACAGGAAGAGUCUAGAGCAGAGGGACAAACACAUCUGCCUGGACAAACCAACAGCCAGAGCACUCCUUCUCUAGGCAGUGGACCUGGCAGACUGUAGCUAUCUCAGCUUCGGGGAUGUGGGAGAGAGGUUUGUACCUGUCCUACAUGCUCCAUACAGCAUGUCUUGCCCUAUAGGUGGCCCCAAGUCCUGUCCCCAGAGCUGCCAUGGAUACCAGAGCCUGGUAUACCCUGAGCUGGGGUUUUGUGGGAUGAAGAGGGUGGACAGAAACCACUUUCCCAGAAACCCUGGACACACAGAAUUUCUCAGAGGUCCUUAUUUAGGUUAUAACAAGAGCGAGUGGAGGAGGCAUGGCCUUCUCUGCAAAUAAACACUGGUCAAGUCUGCAGUGUUGAUUACACAGAGGAAGAGAGUGUAUCUCAAGUGGUGUCACAGAAGCCCUGAUGUGAGAGAUGACCGUGCCCUUCCUUAGGGACCCAGAUCCAGGCUUAAACAACACAAAUGUCCACUGCUUUGGCAUCCCCUCCCGCAGAGAAGCAGGACAGGAUGGAGGUUGAAGGCUCCUACAAGACAUCUGUGCGAGUUCUUGGGUGCACAUGUGACCAAGUAUGGCUGAAGGCCAGCGGCUGCCUCAUGGCAAAAUUUUCCUCAGAAAACAUUUGUCCCAACACAUUCCCUCACAUGCCCACCAGCAUGACAUACAUGUGUAUUUGCAUAAGUGCACACCAAAACUUACCACAUUUUCAUAUGUAUACACAAGUAUACACACAUCGGACACAAGUAUACAUGAAACAGGUGUACUUUCAAAUGUGUAUUUCUUGUUAUAUACUUGCACAUGCAAGCUCAAACACAGUUUUUCAGACCACACAUAACAGGUACAUAUGCAUACAGACACACACAUGAACACAUAUAUGAACAUACAGGCUUAUAAGCUUCAUCCUAUUCCACAUUUGCACAUACAGCAGGUACCUACUUUUAUGCCUGAAUAUUUACAUAUAUGAAAAUGUAUGAGUAACCUGUAUGUAAAAUGUACACACAUGCACAUGUAGGCUUUUCUCUGUUUCUCUUUCUCUAUGUCUCUAUACACACACACACACACACACACACACACACUUUUUCUCUUGUGUCUUCCUGAUGGAAACUGCCUGGGCAGGGUGCACAAGAAUUAAUGGUGAAUGUUCUAAAAUGUUGAACACUGGCUGGGGUAGGAGUCCUGGUUAUCUAGGACUUCUGAGCAACAGUGGUAGAGAGUCCACCUAGAGACAGUUGAGUUUCCACACUGCUCUCUCCCUGAACUAAAAGAUGACUGGCUGCAGGUGCUUAGAGGGUGUGGCUAGGUCAGGGUGAGGGUAGUUGUUAGUUCCUCCUGAGGUCCAGAUCAGUCUUUGCCUUGGGUUAAUCUUGGUAUUGGCCAUUUCCCAGUGCCCUCUUAUAUAUAUGCCUGCCUCAUUGUGCCAGGCUGUGAUGGGCGUUUCCUGGCUUAAUUUUCUGUCCCCUUUGAUUGUGGCCUCUGGAAAGUGCACUCUUGUCUAACAGGGACAAUAUACCUGGGGUGAGGGCCCAUCUGCUGUCUUGCUGUGGUCUUGGCAGAUCGAAUGUCCAUUUGAGGUCGUAAGCUAGCUCUUAGUACGUUUUCACGUUUAGGGGCCUCACUGGAAACCCCAUUUAGAAACUGGGGAGUCGCUAGACACACUGCAUGGGCCUCCUUGGAGGAGACUCUGACAUGUAGUCAUCUUCAGACCCUAGACGCAGGAGAUAUACAUCCAGGACCACCUUCCACCUUUAAUUCGCUGGUUUAAGGUUCUUUCUACCCUUGAGCUGGUGGCUCCAGAUUCAGAAUGUGGAAGAGAGGGCCACCCUGCCUUCUGCCUCCCCUACUGGGUUUAUCCUAUAUCAGGGGCACUGUGAAGAAGACCCUUGCUUUUUGUAGAAAGCGUUGAGCCCAGAGAUGUCUUCAGACUUUUCCCCAGAAGUAGGAAUCUGGGACAGGGAUGCUGUUCUGACACACUGCAACUUGUGUCUUUCAGCUGCAAGCCGUGCAUAGAGUAGAGGCUAAUGUAUUUGCCCACAGCUCACACCCUCUUGAAAUAAACAUGAAAAAUGUUGUUUGAACAGUGGGGCCCACUGUGUGGGGACUCAGAGGUGUCUGGCACAUCUUGUAUCCCAAUAGGGUAGGUUGGAGUUAAGAGUAGAUAAUCUAUACAGGGUACCCCUGAAGUCCAGGCUCACGUGGCUGGAAUCAAAUACUGGUGUGGCAUCUGCUGCCCUGGAGCAUAGAGGUCAGUCUUCUCCCCUGAGACCUCCCAGGGCAUAGAAUGUAGGGUUUGGGGAAAGAAGUCCAGGAAAAGUCUGCAGGCACGUCUGUCUGGUUGUCCUAGGCUCAGCUGAGCUCCUCAGAGGAGGUAUUAAGAUGGCAAUGAAGAUUUCUAGAGGGGACCCAGAUGGCUCUUCUGAGGAAUCUUCACAUGCCCUGGGGACUAGGGGCCCAGUGUCCCUGGAAAUUUGGGCCACAGUUUGUUGAAUUUUGCUUGUCUGUGAGGUAGUUCCGGCAGUAUGCCUGGGGGGGGGGGACCAGGAAAUGGGAUAGAGAAAAAGGGUUACACCCUAGGAAGGAGGGCCACCAAACCUCCAGAGGUGCCUGGGUUUUACAUUUGUUCAGAGCUCUGUCUUUGAUGCUGGCCUUGGUGCCCUGGCUGACAAUGGAUGCUGGGUCUGUCCCACAAACCAUCCUGAAGUUCCCCUGGUGUCUAAUGCUCUGUCAGAGAAGGGAUAGUCCCUAGGCUGUGCUUCUGGGACUCUCAGGCAGGAGUGCACAUCACUAGUACUGCACAUCCAACUGGGACCGGUUUUACAGAGUUGUUGCCUUAAUGUAUGUUGAGGGAAAUUCACCAAGGUCACCCCUGCCUCUGCCUGAUACAGACACUGGACUCCACCUCCAGGUCCUGCGACUGGAGAGGAGUUCUGGCAUGAUGAGCUGUCACUAGUAGUCCCACAUGGAGGGGCUCAAAGCUGUGACCCCCUUGACGUCAUCUACCUGCCUGGGAUGGCUCCAUAUACAGUGCAGCGCACCCUGCGCUUCCAGUCCACACCUGCCCAUUGCAGUCCUGUCCCCCGGCCGCAGUUGCGGCCGCAGCUUCCCCAUCUGCGCUGUUGCCUUUGGCUGUCUUUGCACUUUUGUUCAUGCUCCAAAGAAUAUUUCAUAAUGCCUUCAUACUGAUGUGCACCCUAACCAUUUUGUACGUGCCCUUGGGCCACAGCGACUGGCCUCCUCCUUUGGGCCAGCGUGCCGUCAUCUGCACACGACGCUGUCUUCUAGGGAUAGACGCCCAGGGAAUGAACUCUAGUUUUCUAACGGACUAGCUGAGAUGCUAACUUACUCAAUGUGAACAGGAUAUUUGUGCUGUGUGGGCGGGCCAACGUGUGCUCGCAGGGAACUUUGGGGCAGAAUCUUGCAGCAGGGAUGCAUGCAGAUGGUUCUGGAAUGUUUUGCUGCCACAGGGCUAAGUUCAGAUGCCCAGUGGACCUGGGCACUUAGUAAAACACAGU